CUCACAGUUGUCACUCCCUCUGUCAGAGUCUCCCUGCUUCAGACGGGUUGCACACCUGAUCCCACCAUCGCCACAGUCUCCGACCGCCGGGCCCAAGGCACCCUGUCAAAGCGCUCAGGCUGAGGACGCAGCCGCGGGACUCCGAGGCGCGCACAUGGUGAUGCUGUGAUGUGUAGGCCUACUGUUGCUCAGUGAGUUCAGACCAGGUGCAGGUCUGACAGCGGACCGGAUUUCUUCAGGUUGUGCACUUUCCUCGCUCUGGAAACGGACAUGGCCUCGUCCGGGUCCUUGGACUCGGUGACAUCAUGUGGCCGGACUGCAGGUGCUGGGGCCCCUAAGAGCCUGGCCUUCUCUAUAGACCGGAUUAUGUCCAAGAGCGCAGAGCCUCGGCCUACGGAGGAUAGUCGCCCGCUGCUCGGACUCUGCGCCCCCAUCCCGUGUAUGAUCCCACUGCCACCGCUGGGCUACGAGCUUCAUUCCUGUCGCCUCAUGAACUACUCCGAGCUCUGGCGGGCCAGCGUCAGGGGCGCGCUCUGUGGCAAGACCAACUGCAGCGCGUGUGCCAAACCUGACUCCAGCCUGAAACAACCGCUGCUUUCAUCCAGCCGCGUGGUCAAACCGCAGGUGCUGCACCAGGCCGUGGCCGUCCCUGGCUCUCUGUACUACCUUAAUUACCUGGAGUCCGCGUACCCGCAGCACGAGCUUUUAGCCGGGCCCUGGUCACAGGCCUCUUUGGCUGCGCACCAAAGGUUACUGCUGCGUGACAGCGCCAAACUUUCUUCGGACAAACUGCCAACACCACAAUACCCGCAUAAGGAACAUCUGCCCGGACAGUUGGACCAGAUAGUCAAGGACCACAGUCUGAACGCGGACAAGAGCACCAACAAGACGCACAGCAAAGUAAACAGCAACAGCGCCGAUGGGAAGCCCAAGAAUUUUACUUGUGAAGUGUGUGGCAAGGUAUUCAACGCGCACUACAACCUGACCAGACACAUGCCUGUGCACACAGGAGCGCGGCCUUUUGUCUGUAAAGUGUGCGGGAAAGGCUUUCGUCAGGCCAGUACUCUGUGCAGGCACAAGAUCAUCCACACACAGGAGAAGCCUCACAAGUGUAACCAAUGCGGGAAGGCGUUCAACAGGAGCUCCACGCUCAACACGCACGUGCGCAUCCACGCUGGGUACAAGCCCUUCGUCUGUGAGUUCUGCGGCAAAGGCUUCCACCAAAAAGGGAACUACAAGAACCACAAACUGACGCACAGUGGGGAGAAGCAGUACAAAUGCUCCAUCUGUAACAAGGCCUUCCACCAGAUCUACAACCUGACCUUCCACAUGCACACGCACAACGACAAGAAGCCCUUCACCUGCGCAACCUGCGGAAAGGGCUUCUGCCGCAACUUUGACCUCAAGAAGCACAUACGCAAACUGCACGACAACAGCUACUCGGCCAGCGCAGAGGGAGCCCGGGACCUGCCCAGCUGAACGGGCAUUCCCACAGCUGUGCAAGGAGGAGGGAGGGGAGGCAGUAAAGGACGAUGUAUGCCAAAACUACCCCACCUCUAUGCAAAAGGACUGGAGCUUUUCAGCUACUUCUACGCAAUGUCUUUUCAUUUAAAUCGCUGUGGUGACAGACACAAGAAGGAUCAGCAGUCAUUUUGAACAAACGCAGUACAUUGUAAUAAACUGUACAAUGCAUAUUUUUCCACAAUGCUACUGCUUGGGACAGAUUUUGCCUUUAAAAAUGAAAAGCAUUGGUGUAGUCAUAGACGGAGUAGACUUGUACAAAUAAAACAAAUGAAAUGUUAUUUAAAAGCUCUUAGAAGCACAUUGCCACAAUGUAUAUU